UGCGCGCUUCUCCACAUCAUGAACAUCGCGCAGUGUAUGUCAACUCAGAAGAAAUGCCAUCUCACCUAAGUGAUCUUUUUUUUCCUUCUCCCUCUUGGAUUUUUCCCCUCACUAGGUCGGAUCGCCUUAUCUUUUAUUCACCGGGCUAUCACUUGAAUUGCCUUCAUGACCUGUAAGAAUUUAUACCUGAAAACCAUGAAGACAUUUCCUCGUCUGUCGCUUACGCGUCCUUUCAACACAAUUACACCCCGUAACUAGAUUGAUCUUGUGGGUUAAAAUCCGCACUGGUGAAGCAAUGGGAAGACCUUCAAGUAUUCAGGACCUUGCCGUAAAUGACAAAGGCGUUUUCACACCGUGAAUAUUGGAGCCCAGUUUAGUUAACAUUGCCAUGGGGAAUAGUCUCUGCUGAAAUACAGGGAGAAAAGACAAAAGUCAAGGACGUGAGAAAGAGAGAGAGAGAGUAGCCUUGAGGUGAAGACAUGGUCAUCACUGACAGGAGCUCCAGCACUCCUGUACCCAAAAAGGACCUCACAAAGAAGAAGAGGAGGAAGUCUCGCCCUCAUGGCCUGCCCUCUCCAGCACUAUGCUGCGCCUGUGGCCUAUGCAUCAUGCUGGCUGGAAUCAACAUCACCCUCGUGGGGGCUUUUGCCUUCAGCACAUUGGUGCCUUCUGCCAACCCCCCCAUCAUCAUUGGACCUAUCCUGCUGCUGGUGGCCUUUUCCUUUUUUGGGGCCUGUUGUGUGUGCAGCCGCCUUCCGCCUGCCCAGAGCUCACAUAGGUCUAAAUUAGGUGGUCGAGGAACGGGGUUGAUGGGACAUGGUGGGUUAGCCGGAGGAGCAGCCUUCGAAAUAGAGACCAGCGAGCACACGCUGCAGGAUACAACAGCUGUGCAGCUCAGUCCCACGCCCUCCCCUGGAUCAUCUCGGGCGUCCAGCCCAGAAAGGGAGGCUCUUCCUGACGCAGCUGCACCUGGGACCUGCAAGCUUUUCACCAUGGAGACCAAUGGCCCUUCGUCUGUUGCUACUAGCGCAAUCUACUCAGCCUCCACGGUAGCAGGAGGGGAGGUGAGGCUCAACCUGCCACGUGAAGAAGUGGUCACCUAGCAGGACCGAACACAUGACAUCCCUGUAGGAAACUCUUCCAAGGCUGGUGCGCUAGAAUUGUAAAUAGCAUUCUGGCUCGCUAAGAUUGAUUGUGUCUGCCGAUUUCCAUAGUGCCAUUCCUCUGGUUGUGACAAGUUCUUGAUGAUAUGUGUUUGAUUUUAUUGCUGUCAACCAGUAAAUAGCAUGCAUUGUUGAUGACGCAUCCAAGUAUUUGUGGAUCAUAGUUCUUGGAAUUCAAAUUCCUACCUCCCUUGUGCUGUUGUUCUGCAGGUCCUUGUUUUUAACUUUGGGCAUUAUGACCAGUUUCUAUGUAGAAGCCAAAAGAAGUGGCCAAACUUAUCAUGUGUAUCUCUCACAUUUACUCUGGCUAAUGGAAAUCUGAAAAAGCGAAACAAAAUGUCAGCUAACCUCUCGGCAGUGAUUUGAGUCGAUGUGAAAGAUCAGUGAUGAAAACCAGAGUGGGAAUAUAUGUAGUGACACUUGGCAUUUUGUGUGCCAUUCUCAGAGCUGAACCUGUUUUGGGGAAAAAGAACAUAAUAGGUCAUGGGGGUCCCAAAGCAAUAUUAUCUCACCUGGCAUACAGCUGAAAGUAAAUUCUUGGCAUUUACAGUUCUUGUUUAGUUCUUUUGAACUAAUCAUAGAUGAGUAAUGAAACAAUGGCACUUGCCGUCAGCCAGUAAAUUUGUAAUGAAUGAUGGUAUGUUGUACACUGUGGUAUUUUUACAUGUAACUGUGUACAAUGUAGGAUCCUGGAAGCAACACUGUGGUUUGAUAAGUGUAAGCCUUUGUAAAAUUAUCACACCUACAUUAACACUGUGAAUACUAUGUUUUGGUCACUAUGCUAGAAAGCCUUAUCUAAAUUUUAUAUGUACAUGUUCAAUGGCAAGAUACUUACAAAUGACUAUUUUAAAAGGUUAUUUUUCCCUUAUACUUAUAGAUAUUAAAUCAUUCCAUUACACCUGUAAUGCAAUUGAGUGAUUUUCACUAUAAUACAAGUGGGCUAUUAUAACAUAAGGUUGCAGUGUGAUUUCAUAGAGGAAGAGCAUGUUAUACAAAUGUGACCAUCCAAAUUUAACUGUAUUCAGUACCACUGUCAUGACGCACGUUAAGGAUACGUGUGUGCAUUUUGUGUAUCUCAGUUUUGCCACAUUGAUGUACUGUAUUUGGAUGACAGCAAAAAAACUAACUUUGUUUGAUAUAGCAUGGCAAGUCACUCUUCAUUUAGAUUUCAAGAGAGCACAUUUGACUUUGUGUACUAACCUCUACUGGAAAUGAUAGGACACAGCCCAGCUGAGGUGUUGGACAUACAGUUUAAAUGUUCAGAUUCUGACCAUGAGUUCAUAUCUGUUCCCCAUCACUGUGAUGUCUCCUCAUCAGUUAUAAACUGGAUUGGCCAAGUAAAGACAUUUCAGCUGAUUUCCUGUAAAGGAGCGUUGCCUUAGACUGAGAUAUCAGGAUCAAACUAAUGAGGGCUAUAUGAAAGUGCACAAUGGUAUUUUUUAAAAAUUAUUUAUUAGAAAACCUUGUUGGGCUCUGGUUUUCUAUCCCAUAUUGCUAGGAUAGAUCCAACUUUUUUUUUUCUUUUUGUGAGGAUGUCCACCACAGACUGAAUAAGAACCGACUGCUUGACUACAUCACAAUUUUGAACCAACAACUGGAUCAUCAGAGUUUUUUUGUUUAUUUGUUUGUUUGUUUUUUAUCAAUUUGCUGAUCUCCUCAUGAUUAUCAACGAUUGACCAGAACAUUCCCAUGUUAUUCUUCACAUCACUUAUAAAGCAUCUCAAAAACUAAUGGAAAUGGAGUGACUAUUUUUGUGAAGAUUAUAAUUUCUGUUUAUUUUAAAAGAACCUGAUCCAAAUGUAAAUAUUUCAAAAGGCUAAAUAAAAAAGGCUCUUUCAGUAGAACAAGAAGCUGUUCCUUACAUACGCAUGACAUGACUGCAUGUUCUUGCUGCAUUGCAUUUUUGUGUCAUCAUGAAGUGAAAUGAAUAAAAAUGUCCAGCUGGUCUUGUCAUACU